GAACAUUAAAGAAGCUUUUCUCCGGGUGUCUCCGACAUGUCGGGGCUCCAGAGUCUGAAGGUGUUCGUCCAGCAGCGGCUGGCUGCGGCUGUGGAGGAGAUAUUCGGCCACUUUGAGAGAACAAUCACCGAGUAUGAAGAGGAGCUGGGCCGCCGCCACCGGAACCUGCUGGAUGUGGGUUUGAAGCGGCCUGAGAGAAAACUGCGGAGAGCAGUGAGUCCUGCAGACGUCCAGCAGCUAUCUGGGAGUAAAGAAGAGGUUCCCCCUGAACAUCAGCAGUGGAUCCCCAGUCUGGACCAGGAGGACCCACUAGAGCCCCCACACAUUAAAGAGGAACAGGAGGAGCUCUGGUCCAGUCAGGAGGGAGAGCAGCUUCCAGGACUGGAGGAGGCUGAUAUCACCAAGUUCCCGUUCACUCAUGUCCCUGUGAAGACUGAAGAAGAUGAUGAUGAGAAACCUCAGUCCUCACAACUUCAUCAAUGCCAGACUGAACAGAUGGAAGCUGAUGGAGAGGACUGUGGAGGACCAGAACCAGCCAGGGACUCUGAUCCAGAUAGACGUUUACAAACUGAGACUGAAGACAAGGCUUUAAUCUCUGCUGAGUCUGAGACUGAAAUCAGCGACGAUGACUUUAAGGAUUCCAGAGAACUUCAGUCAGGUUCAAACACAAAUAAUGACGGAGUCCCUGUAAUUGAUGUUAAAUGUAAUGCUAUCAAAAAGUCGUUCAUCUGCUCUGAAUGUGGUAGAAAAUUUGGUCGCAAGGACAGUCUGCGGAGACACAUGAGGUUCCACACAGGAGAGAAACCGUAUAGUUGCUCAGUUUGUGGCAAAAGAUUUUCUCAGAGGCCGAAUUUAAUUCGUCACAUGCGAUGCCACUCUGGAGAAAAACCUUUCAGUUGCUCAUUCUGCGACACGAGUUUUGCUGUGCGUAGCGCUUUGGUAAAUCACAUGAGAAUCCACACUGGGGAGAAACCGUUCAGCUGCUUAUAUUGUGACAAAAGCUUCACACAAAAGGGGGGUCUGAAGAAACACAUGACCGUCCACACUGGAGAGAAACCAUAUAGUUGCCCCGUGUGUGAUAAAAGUUUUUCUCAAAAGGCAAAUCUGACGUACCACUUCUCAGUGCACACGGGACAGAAACAGUUCAGCUGCAGUGUUUGUGACAAAAGGUUCACCUGGCAGUCGCAGGUCAAAAGCCACAAGUGUGUCGGCGAGAGCAGCAGCAGCAACACGGCCUGAUUCAUCUGGAAGAAACGUUGAAGCGACCGAGGACGUUUCUGCUUUGGAUGUCUGACUGCCCACCUCAGUGUAGAGCAGUUCGAAGGGUUGUGUGUUCAGUCCUCACUUGCUGCUUGUAUUUUUUUCUUCCUUUUUCAACAAAUUGAUUGUGAAGAGAUCAAUAUUAAGCAUGUGCAGGAUCGAUCCACGUGGACGCUUAUUUUCAUGUCUCCAGCAUCUCCAUUAGAGGAACUUCAUUUUAGGAACCUUAUUUUCUCAUUCAGGGGAAUGUUUUCAGAGGUCUGUCAAGCAGGCCAGAGACUACUAUUUAGAAUUUCCUUCAGAACUUUUCAAAGUAAAAGCUCUCAAUUAAACAUGACAUAAAGUACUCCUGCAAAAAUGUUCUCAUGCUUUUAUUUUGUAGGCUCAAUCACUUAAGAGAAAGUGAUUAUGUGAGUAACUGUUGCUGUGAUGACUCAGAUCUGUUUCAGCACCAGCUUCUAUAGUUGCCUUUUUUAUGUUAUUUUUUUUUUGCCGCUAUCAAAGUAAUCUGGCUGCAGGCCGGAUAUUAAUGCUGGCGGGCUGCCCGCUGCCGAUUGCUGCUGUAGAGGUAGGAACAUGAAUAUACACAGGGAGUCAGUAAAACUUGUGAUUUCUGCACAGGAGUUUAUAGUGAAAUGUUGGAUAUUCAGUGACCUCCUGGUGCUCACUAGAGGAUGUUUAAAAUCUAAAUUUAUUUUAAAAAAGAGGGACACCACAGACGGAACACAGAAUGAACCGAUGUUUAAUAUUUUAGUCUUGAGAACACGCUCACCAGACUCUCAGCGUUUAUACUAAGCGGUUUCAGGGACUUGGGAUCUCAUAGAAUCUCACAUGAUCAAACGUGACUUCAGAGAGAAACAAACAUGGAGGCAGACUGUCGUCAUCAGCUGGUCGACCAUGUGUGUGCGGAGGAGAAGAAGAGAAUCAAACUGGAUGAAGUCGAGGCUGAGAAGAGGGAGUCGGCAGGUUUAUAUGUUUUAUAAAGCAGAGACACGCUUCCCGCUCAGCUCGCUCUCAUUGGCUGCUGCAAGUUUCUGGUUGUCGAUAUCUUAAAUUGGGGAGCCUCGGAUCGAGUCUGCGACCUUCAGAUUCUGUCUGUAAACCUCUCGCACUACAGGAUCAUCGGGCCGAUAAUCUGGAACGGCCCUGAGAUUAUCAGGACGACGAGUCCGACCCACGUCGGCCCAGUUACCCUCCAGCGUGCAGCCAGCAUACGUGAAAAUGUAUUCUGGUGCUGAGAGUUGAUAUUUAUGGAAAAUAAAUAUUUAUUAAGACAUUGGAUUUGACUCGUCUGUCACAUAUGAGCAGAAACGCAUGACAUUAAAAUUGUUUCAAAAGCAGCAUCUGAAGCUGAUCCCUCUGUAGUCAGUGUUAGAAAGAAGUGCUGUUUUUGUUCAAUGUGGGCUGCAGAUGAUAAAAUGCAAAAUGUUUAUGUUGUGAACGUGUUUUGAGGGAUUAAUGAUUUAAUAUAUCUAAUACAAAGAUAAAGAAAAAUUAUGCACAAACAAUCCUUUGAUUAUGAAACACUUUUUUUUAUAUUCAGUAACAUCUUGUUCAUUGAUGAAUAAAAUGAGUUCUUAAGCAUUAA